CAGUAUUCGAUACGGAGUCUAAUUUGUAUGUAUGCCGCACAUGGUUUAUUGUGGCGCAAAUGUAUAUAAGUUUCCCGAAUUAGUAGUGUCUUUAAAGAUAAUACUGUUAUGUUACAAAACCAAUAAGAAAUGUUGCAUGCUUUAGCAGUGCAACAACUUUAUAGUGAUUUGCUUAUGGAAAAGUGGGCAUAAUCAAUUGUAGAUGCCGGUUUGUGCGAUAAGAUUGUUUUGUGUUUCUUGAAACGGGGGUGUGACAGUUUGUGCAUUCCUAGAAUAUGGUAUAUUUUUUUUUCUUUCAAAAUGAAACUGAAUGUUAUAUAAGUUUUACUUUCUGAUCGUUCGUUGAACCCCAACGAAUUAUCACCACGCAAAUUUCAAAGAGCAUACAUUAUACUGGAAAGUGUUUAUUUUCCUUUACAUGUGUCAACAAUUCGGAUUCAAUCGAAAGUGUAUAACAUUGAAUUUAAUUACACAACUUAUACGUUUUUCGAAAAUUUGUGCCAUAUUUUGACGUGAUGCGUUAUUAAACGACAUAAAAAUACCAAAGUUACGAAAGUUAUUUAUAGGUUAUAAAAUUAUAUGUGUGCUGUUGUCAAUAGCGGCAACGGCGAAUCAUCAAGUAAUAUUUAAUGCAAACUCCAUGCAUUGGCUUCAAGCAACAAAUAUACGCGAAGAAAUGCCUUUAAGCCAAUUAAAUCAAAGUAAUUUCGUUAGUACGAACGAAAGUGUAAAUCCUGGCACUGAAAUAGCAUCAACUUGUUAUACUCCUCCACCUUCAUACCAUAAUAUUAAUUUACCUUUGGGACACCCAUCUACUUUGACUAAUGAUUGUGGUGCACCUCCUUCUUAUGAAGAAGCCAUAGAUCCAAAUGCUCCUCCUCCAUCCUAUGAUUCAUUAUUUGGUCGUAUGAGAGAAGCACAUAAAGUUUCAAAAGGAGUAUUUGAUUUUUUGAAAAAUAUUAUCGUCUUACUUUUAGGCACUAUUGGAUGUACUAUUAUCUUAGGAGUAACAAUAGUAGUUCCAAUAUGUAUGAUGGUCAUUGGAGGACUUUAUCUUUAUGAUUGUCCACAAGGAGAAUAUAUUCCUGUUUAUUUAUUAGUGGGUGGUGGUUUUGGUGUUUUUAAACAGUUAUUACAUUUAUCUGCAAGAGUACGGCAACGUCAAGAAGAAAGAGAUGAAGAAAGAAUACGACAAUCUCCAACACAAACAUUAAUUAAUUGUUUUAUGCUUGGCUGGUUUAUUAUAGGCUCAAUGUGGGUAUAUAAGGAAUAUGAGCCAAAUUAUGAUCCAGCUCUUGGCAAAUAUUGUAACAAAACAUUAUAUUUAUUUGCCUUUUGGUUAAUUACGGCUGUUUAUAUAUUUCUGGGAGUGAUAACUGCCGGUUUUUGCAGCAUUUCGGUAGCAAGCAUCGCAUUUCAAAGACCACCUCCUGAUCUAAUGUAAAGUAACAUGAUCUCAAUUUAAAGAGAAAAAUAGUCGUUCAAAAAUCUAUUAUUUUGGGAACAAAACGACAAAUUUUGCGAAAUGAAGAACAAAAAUUUUUUGUGGAUAUAAAAAAAUCACAUCAUAACAGGGCACAAAAUUUCGUCCACGCUUUACGUACCUGAGAUGCUUAAAACAACAAUCUAUAAACGGAUCGUUUGCACAUCUAAAUGCACAUAAAAUGCGCUCGAAUAUCAAAUUUUUAUUUUGUAAUCAUUCGUGAUAACAUUUCUUGAUUUUUCGUAGCGUACUUGAUUCAAUAUCUCAAUUAAGGCAACUUUUGCUAUGAAUCAUGUCAAACGGACAUAGCAAAAUUGAUUGAUUUCUUAAAAUUGGUAUACACGUAGAGGGAAAGAAAAAAUAGUUGAUGCUUUAACCAAUUCAGGGCUGUGGAUAUUUCGCAAUAAUCGCGAAUUCUUUUGAUAUUGUGCCAAGAAAUCGCAAAGCUGUAGAGCGAAGUAUUUUGCUAUCAACAUCGAUCAUCCGUAUCGAUAUUCAAUUCGUAUGGAUAUUCUUAACUUGAGUAGAAUCUCAGGACGUGUCAUAAAAAAGAAAAAAAAAAAA